AGCUCCGCCCGCCGGAGACCGGCCUUACAGCGCCUGCGUCUUUCUGACCGGCAUGAAGCCACCUCCCAGGCGGCGAGCGGCCCCGGCGCGCUAUCUGGGCGAGGUGACCGGUCCCGCGACCUGGAGCGCUCGCGAGAAGCGGCAGCUAGUGAGACUCCUGCAGGCGCGGCAGGGGCAGCCGGAGCCAGACGCCGCCGAGCUGGCCCGGGAGCUGCAGGGCCGGAGCGAGGCUGAGAUCCGGGUCUUCCUCCAGCAGCUCAAGGGCCGCGUAGCCCGGGAGGCCAUUCAGAAGGUGCAUCCGGGUGGCCUUCAGGGACCAAGACGCCGGGAGGCACAGCCCCCAGCCCCCAUAGAGGUCUGGACGGAUCUGGCUGAGAAGAUAACAGGGCCACUGGAGGAAGCCCUGGCAGUGGCUUUCUCGCAGGUGCUCACCAUCGCGGCCACGGAACCGGUCACCCUCCUGCACUCCAAGCCCCCCAAGCCCACGCAGGCCCGUGGAAAGCCGCUGCUCCUGAGCGCCCCUGGAGGGCAGGAAGACUCUGCCCCUAAGAUACCUAGCCCCGCCCCCAAGGCACCUAGCUCCACCCCCGAGACUUCUGACCCUGCUCCUGAGAAACCUUCUGCGUCCUCGGCUGGUCCCUCCACUGAAGAAGACUUUGCUGUGGACUUUGAGAAGAUCUACAAGUACUUGUCCUCUCUCUCCCGAAGUGGCCGCAGCCCUGAGCUCUCAGCAGCUGAGUCUGCUGUGGUCCUCGACCUGCUCAUGUCACUUCCAGGGGAGCUGCCCCUCCUGCCCUGCACAGCCUUGGUUGAGCAUAUGACGGAGACGUACUUACGUCUGACAGCCCCCCAGCCCAGCCCCGCUGGAGGGAGCCUGGGGCCUGCUGCUGAGGGGGACGGGGCUGGCUCCAAGGCACCAGAGGAGAGCCCCCCAGCCACCAAAAAGGCGGAGCCCAGCGAAUUGAAAUCGUCCUGGCAAGCAGCUGGGAUCUGUCCCCUGAACCCGUUCCUGGUGCCCCUGGAGCUUCUGGGUCGGGUAGCCACCCCUGCCAGGUGAGGGGCAUGGCGGGCAGGAGGCACACCAGGCCCCCUGCCCUGGCCCUCGGUUCUGCUCGGCUGGCACUGGCUCUUUCUGAGGAUCCCGUCGUGGGGGAAGGUCCCUGAGAUGACGCUUAGCUGUGGGGUGGGCCUCUGAGACGCCGCACACUUUGGGGGUUUCACAAAUGGAACCCCCGUUGUACAGGGGUUGGGUGGGGGUUACGGGACUCCACUCACAAGCCUCCCGACCUCCAGGACAGGCGGACAGGGCUGGCCUCCCCCAGUCCCCAAGCCCCACUGUGCCUUGUUGUCUGCUGGAGGCCACAGCUGGCACUGCACACCGUAAACGCGCUCACACGUUUCCCCUUCCUGUACCUCGGGACCAGCAUCUUCACUUUCUUCAAUUGACCAGUCGUGGAUACUACUACCUGCUGCCAGCUCCUUCCCCUUCCCGGGGGUAUUCUGUGACCAUGAAUAAAGUCCUCAUUAUUUUCUUUCUCUUUC